CCCCUCGUGUUUAUAUUAUUAUUCCUCCCUUCCCUCCCCUGUCCCAUCUUCUUACUUCUCAGAGCUCACACUUCAAUUCUCUGAAUCUCCAUUACCCUUUCAUCACUUUCCACAAUACAAUAAAACACAGAAUUGCGGAAUUACCAGAAAGGAAAGAUGCUAUCUGUGGAAACUCAGAAGGCAGAGCUUGAAGUUGCAGAUUCUGGGAAGACACAAGCACAGUCUUCCCAGAUUCAUAUUUUCCGAUCGAGGUUGCCGGAUAUACCCAUCCCCAAUCAAAUCCCACUCCAUACUUAUUGUUUCCAGAAUCUGGCCGAGUACCGGGACCGGACAUGUCUCAUCGUGGGUUCCACCGGAAAAACAUAUUCCUUCGCCGAAACCCAUUUGAUUUGCCGGAAAGUAGCGUCGGGAUUGGCGAAACUCGGGGUUAAGAAGGGGGAUGUGAUUAUGACCCUAUUCCAGAACUGCCCGGAGUUUGUUUUCUCCUUCAUGGGGGCUUCUAUGAUCGGCGCGGUCACCACCACGGCCAACCCUUUCUACACCAAAGCCGAGAUUUUUAAGCAGAUGAGUGCUUCCAAGGCGAAGGUUGUCAUUACCCAAUCUGUGUACGUAGAAAAGCUGAAAGAUUCCGGCGAGGAGUACCCUAAAAUCGGGGAGGAUUUCUCGGUGGUCACCACCGAUGACCCGCCGGAAAAUUGCUUGCAUUUCUCGGUGCUGUCGGAGGCCGACGACGAGGAUAUGCCGGCGACGGUGGAAAUCGCCCCUGACGACGCCGUGGCUCUGCCGUUCUCUUCCGGGACUACCGGGCUGCCGAAAGGAGUGGUGUUGACCCACAAGAGCUUGAUCACCAGCGUGGCCCAGCAAGUCGACGGCGAGAACCCGAACUUAUACCUCAAAGAGAACGACGUCGUUCUGUGCGUGCUACCAUUGUUCCACAUAUUUUCCCUCAACUCCGUUCUCCUCUGCUCCCUCCGAGCAGGGGCGGCGGUGCUGCUGAUGCAGAAAUUCGAAAUCAAAUCGUUGCUGGAGCUGAUAGAGAAGCACCGGGUGUCCGUGGCGGCGGUGGUGCCGCCGCUGGUCUUGGCGCUGGCCAAGAAUCCGAUCGUGGAUUCCUACGAUUUGAGCUCGAUUCGGGUGGUGCUCUCCGGCGCGGCGCCGCUGGGGAAGGAGCUGGAGGAGGCGCUCCAUCAGAGAGUCCCUCAGGCCAUUUUUGGUCAGGGUUAUGGAAUGACUGAGGCAGGGCCAGUAUUGUCAAUGUGUCCGGCAUUCGCGAAGCAGGCGCUGCCUGCUAAAUCCGGCUCCUGCGGCUCAGUAGUGAGGAACGCGGAGCUGAUGGUGGUAGACCCGGAAACCGGCUGCUCCCUUGGCCGCAACCAACCCGGAGAGAUUUGCAUACGCGGCUCUCAAAUCAUGAAAGAGUAUUUGAAUGAUCCGGCGGCCACCGCUCGGACUAUUGACGUGGAUGGCUGGCUCCACACCGGCGACAUUGGCUAUGUAGACGAUGACGAUGAAGUUUUCAUCGUCGACAGAGUCAAAGAACUCAUCAAAUUCAAAGGCUUUCAGGUGCCACCAGCUGAGCUUGAGGCUCUGCUUCUGAGCCACCCGAUGAUUGCAGAUGCUGCUGUCGUACCGCAAAAAGAUGAUGCAGCCGGAGAAGUCCCUGUUGCGUUUGUGGUUCGAUCCUCGGAUGGAUUUGAUCUCACUGAAGAAGCUGUAAAGGAAUUUAUUGCCAAACAGGUGGUAUUUUAUAAGAAGUUACACAAGGUAUACUUUAUUCAUGCAAUUCCAAAAUCAGCAUCCGGAAAAAUAUUGAGAAAAGAUCUCCGGGAAAAACUACAAGCUGCGCCACCUUCCACGCCGCAAUAAGAUUGUGUUGCUCCGCCACCUAGCUUCCACGCAGUAGGAUUCAGAGUAUGCUGUUUGAAUUUUAUGGUAACAGUUAGUUGAUGAUUCUUGUGCCCAAAUUUGUGUGCGUGUUUUAAUAAAAUUUGUAGCAUUAUAUUGUUGAAAGUAUUCUUUACAUUUUAAUGGAACGUACUUUUGCUUAAUGUGCAUGGGCUACUACUAUCUUCCUUAAUGUAUUUUUUAUUUAAUGGUUAA